AUUGGCUUCAAAUCUCCUCCAGAUGAAUUAUGACUGACCCAUGGCCCCCAGGCUGUUGUGGGUGAGGGCACCCACAAUGCUGCUGCUGUGGGCAAUUGUGGUGGUCCUCCUCUCGCCCCCCACGAUUGCCCACGACACGCAGAAGAACCUCUACGUCGACCCAACGGCUUAUGCCAAUUCGCAGCGCAGCUUAAGGCAUCACAUUCCUUUGGGUCAGGCCGGCGACGAGUCUGAACCGAGCGAUGACUUGGCAAUCCAGAUUAAGGGCGGGAAACAGAAGGCUAUCGAGUUGGCGCAGAGCUACGGUUUGGAGUAUUUGGAUCAGGUGUUCGACGAGCCAGCCGUCUUCCAUUUCCGCAGACUUCGUCAGAAUCGGAGCAAGAGAGGCAGAUCUCGGAGGGAGACGACGGCGAGGGAGUUGGUCGAAGCCAUAGCCAGGGAUCCUGGGGUCGAGUGGGUCGAACAACAAGUGGCGCUCGCGAGGGAGAAGCGAAACAACUUCGUCAAUAUUGGAAAACAAUGGGUGACAUUUCACGAGAGCGGCGACGUUCGCCGCAGUCCCCCUGGUAUCCGCUCUGCUUCGAGACACGCUCUCAACCGGGUGCUUCAGAGGCCUUCGGGCGAAUCGUCUCGAAGGAUCGACGGAUACCUCGAAGACGACUCGGAAAUAGACAGAGCGACUGAAUUUGAAAAUGGACAGUACCACGAAAACCAAUUCGUUCGAGUCCCUCUCUCUCGAAGCCUUGGCUAUGGCAUCCAACGCGCUCGAGCCACCGUUUGCAAACAAUGCCAGGAUGAUGAAGAUGACAUGAGGCCUAUGAUCCCUGAUAAACAGAGACCCAGAACUUUAAGAAAUAAUAUCAAAAUGGCUGAAAUACCGGAUGGACAAGUUUCUAACACCGCGAAUGAUGUUAGAGUUGAUAAACUAACCGAAACUGAGGCCGAUGGGAUGGACGUUUCACUCCCUCCUCCGGAUGAAAGCUUCGGUCUGUGGCUCGACCACCUGGGCGAACCAUUCAUGGACUUCAAUGACCCAUUUUACAAUGAUCAGUGGUACUUGCGCAACACGGGUCAACUGGGUCGUCAGGGCUAUGACCUCAACGUGACUUGGGCCUGGCUUCACGGGUACACGGGUCGCGGGGUCGUCCUCUCCGUCCUGGAUGACGGGUUGCAGACGACCAAUGCCGACAUCGCGCAGAACUAUGCUCCCAACAUCAGCUAUUCCCUGGUAAAGGACAGGAGCAGUUUGAAUGACCCCUCGCCUAGAAUUGACAGCGCAUUCUCCAAUUCCCACGGGACCUACUGCGCUGGAAUCAUCUCGGCCAUUUCCAACAAUUCCAUCUGUGGCGUAGGGGUGGCUUACGAUUCCAGAGUUGGAGCCGUGAGACUUGUCGACGGAAAGGUGACAGACGUGCAAGAGGCUACGGCCCUUUCGCGCCAUAUCGAUCAGGUGGACAUCUUCAGCGCCUCCUGGGGUCCCACCGAUGACGGUACGAAGCUCGAAGGGCCUGCUAGGCUGACCCAGAUCGCUUUCAUCGAAGGGGUGACGAAGGGGCGAGGUGGCAAGGGCGCCAUAUACGUCUGGGCGUCGGGAAACGGGGGCGUUGUAGGUGACAAUUGCAACUUGGAUGGCUACACGUCCUCCAUUUAUACCCUGUCGGUCUCUGCCCUGACGGACAUGGGUACGUCGACCUUUUACGAGGAGCCCUGCGCCUCUACCCUCGCGGGAGUCUACGUCGGGGGGGAAAACUCCUUAGAAGUAGCCAAGGAGAGGCAAAGGAAGCAUCUGGAGUCACUGAAUGUGGUGGUUCCGGAAUUAGAUGGCCACUGUAGCCACGACUUCCAGGGGACGUCAGCGGCGGCGCCUUUGAUGGCCGGGGUCGUGGCACUCGUCAUCAGUGCCAAUGGUAACCUGACGUGGAGGGACGUGCAGCAUAUAGUUGUGGAGACCUCCACCCCCACCCCACACGCUCUGCAGGAACCAGGUUGGCAGACGAACGGUCUGGGAAGAAAAUUCCAUUUGAAACAGGGCUUCGGCGCGGUCAAUGCUGGAAGGAUGGUGGAAACCGCCCUCCGCUGGAAGAACGUCCAGCCUCAGAAAGUCAUUGUGAUCCCUUUAUUCAGUGGGCACAGAAUAUUCCACCCGUCCGCUUGGAUGAACCUCAGUCAUCCGGUCGACUCGUCCGCCGUCCCACCCACCCAGCGGAUGACCUCGGUCGAACAUGCUGUAGCCAACGUGACCUUAAUCCACCCAAGGAGGAAGUUGCUGACCAUCUUCAUUGUGUCGCCAGCUGGGACGACGUCGCAGGUCCUGACCCACCGCCCCCCCGACGAAGACAAGGAGGGCUUCAGGUCGUGGGGCUUCACGUCCGUCCACUUCUGGGGGGAGUCUCCCGAGGGGGGAGAGUGGAAAGUGGCUCUGAAGGACGAUUGGGAGACAGGCUACCUGAAGAAGGUCCAGCUGACGAUUUUCGGGUCCUAGGGACGUAUACGUCUGUAUAGGAGGUCGUGUCCUUUAGAGUCGAGCCCUAUUGGGGCUUUCUGUGUCUGAUUUUUGAAGUGGGACGUCCGUCUUCAAUGUUGUAUAUGAUUGUAAACCAUCUCUAAGCGUCGUAGAAUAAAGAUAUAAAGUAU